CCCCCUUGUCGCUGGGCCCCCUUUUGGGUCAACUCGAAUUUCGGCUCAAGAUCCCAUCCGAGGGCACAGGAUCCCAGCUGCAUUUUCGCGGGGUGGUCAUGUUGAGCGAACCGUUGCGAGGCGAUCACAAUGCGUGGUCUUUGUUUCCAACGAACACGCAAGACCCAGUGUGGCGCAUCCUGAGACUCGCCGCCCCAGCAUUGCGCCAUUGGUGGCGGCUGACAACAGAUACACAUUACCUCGCUUCGCCAACAAGCCGGAGAGUGUUUUGGAGGUUGUAUUGGAUUUCCUUGGUUUGCUGGCUGGCCCUGUGGCUUUGCUUAAUUUUUGCAGGGGUGGUUGAGUUUAACAUUGUCGGGCAAACCGUAACCGAGGCGCUGGUGAUGUUGCUGCUGCUGUCCUUGGCUAUGACGACAUUGACAACGACAUCCUUGUGGUCGGAUUUCUUCAUAAGCAGUGUAUAUUGUGGGAUCUUUUUGUUCGUCUGCAAACGACACCCCCUGCUUGGUGUGGUCACACAACUUCCCUUAUACUGCAUGGCGUUCUGGGCCUUUGGAUUGCACAGCUGCGUCAUUGCGCAGUUUAGCAUUUCUGGAGUUAUCUGCUGUUGCGUGUAUGUUCCUAGCGUGGAUGUAGUCAUCAAGGUCCAGGCACUUGUAGUGCUAUUUCCAAUACUCCUCCUAGAGUGGCAGUCAGUGUCCCAUUUCAGCAAGAUCCAAAAGGUCUUGAAUGUUUCGACAGACGGCCAGGUUAUCAUAAACAGGUACACCGGCAUCGUUGUCAGCAUGAGCGACAACAUGUCGGAUUUAUUGAGCGGAAGCGCCGUUGGAACACAAUUCAACCAUUUCGUUCACAGAAGUGCCUGCUCUCAAGCCGAUCAACGAUUGUGCAAGAGUAGGGGGGAUCCCUCGGAGACUUUUAUGGUCACGCUUAAUUGCGUGCCCAAUGGCAUACCAACGCAAGAGUUCGAGGCUCGCAUCAUACCUUAUGAAGUGACUGGGCCUCUUCUGCACUUCUGUCUUCAAGUGGUGGGCGAGAAGAGAUUUUGCCAUCAAUAUUCCGCCGAACAACCGCCCAUGAACAAAUUGGGGAGCUCUCCGAGCUCUCCUCCAGGCAGCGCCACGCCAUGCGACGUUGAGCAGGCACCAAUGAUCACUUCGAGUGCCAUUUUGGCCCAGAUCGAAUGCCACGCCGCACAAGAAUCUAUCGCGGCACCAGUCGCGCACGAAGGGCAUCCGGGACACAAAGGUGGGAAUCUCGGAGAUGGUCAUCAAUCGAGGCGCGGUCGAGAUGAAGCAGCAUCGCGCGCGGAGCGCAGGGGCCAUGGCCAGCUGGUCCGACACGAGAGCCGCCAGAGGUCGGCCGCGCACCGAAGGCACCAGAGCGACGGCGAGACGUCGGGGCAACUCGGAGACAGCGACUCAUCCUCCCGCGCGGAGACCUUCUCGACCACCCCGCCCGGCAUGGUGGACCCGAGCGCCGCGGAGAAGGGGACGGAGGAACGCCAGGGGCGCAGACCACCGCGGGGGCGCCCGGGGGCAGCUGCCGCCGCGGCGCCGCGCCCGGGCGGGGAGCGCGCCCUGGCGGGCCGGGCCUUGGGAACGCACAGCAGGGGCGCCAGGGCAGGCCAGCCGCCGGGCGCUGCGCCGCCGCCCGCCGUCGGGGCGCCCGGUUCGGUGUCUGUUCCUGGGAGAGGCCGAACCAGCUCAUGCUCGUGCGGAGCGCCUGGGCGGGGGGCCCACGGGCGCCCCGCACGAGACCACAGCCGGCAAGCGCGGGCGGCGCGGGGCCGCCGGAGCGGCAGCUGGGGCUCGCGCGGGCCCCGGGCGUCUCGGGCGCGCCGUGCGCGCAGGCGCCGCACCGCUCGGGGGCUCCCGCGGAGCGGGGCGCUGCGGCGGGGUCUGCAGGGCCUCGCGUUGCGUAUUUCUGGGUCUGAGCUCGAUGGUCUCCUAGCCGCGCGCCAACUCUAGGCACGGCUUGUGGGCACAGCUGUCGCCGUUGAACCUAGAUUCCGGCGGGGCGUGCGCGGCCAUUCGAUUGCGAAACGGGCACAUACCGACAGUGCCCGACGUUGAAGCAGAAAAGCAGGGCCCAUCACGACUAUGAAACAGAAGCGUAUCCCUCGCGAAC